GCUAGUCGACGAAUAGUUUGUUAUUUGUGGGUCCAAAACAAAGGAGAAGCGGUUCAGCCUGUACAAACGCAUGAUAUAUGCCAGCUACUUCUGCAAGUGGUUUCACAACAUUAAUUUUGCAACUUGUCUGGAUUCCGAUCAUGUUUGAUGUAAAAGAUUGUCGGACCUUAAUGGUGUAAGAGAAUUUGAACUGCCCCAAGGCUUUUAUUUUUAUUACUUACUAAUUAAACCACCUCAUUGCAUUUUCCUGGCUAAGUUUCGCCUCCAAACAUGCCUCAGGGAUCGCUUGAAGUUUUUCUUGCAAGUGCCAAGGGUCUUGAGGACACUGAUUUUCUGUUCAAAAUGGAUCCAUAUGUGAUCCUCACUUGUCGAACUCAGGAGCAGAAAAGUAGUGUUGCAUCAGGGUCUGAACCGGUAUGGAACGAGAAUUUUAUAUUCAAUGUGUCGGAAGGGGCUGAGGAACUAAAACUGAAAAUAAUGGACAGUGAUAUUGGUAAUGAUGAUUUCGUUGGAGAAGCUGAAAUUUGUUUAAAGUCGGUAUUGCGAGAAGGACGCAUUCCUCCAACUGCAUAUAAUAUUGUAAAAAAUAAGGAGUUUUGUGGGGAGAUUAAAGUUGGUCUCACUUUCAACCCCGAGGAGCGGAGUCCCAGAGAUUAUGAUGAUAGGGAUGAAUAUUCUAGAGGAUGGAAGGAGUCUUCACACUCAGACAGAGAUCGAACUUCCAGAAGGGAUGAUUCCUCUAGAGGAAGAAGGCACUCUCCGGAAAGAGAAAGGGAUUAUAGAGGUAGGGAUUCAGACGAAGAUGGUAGAAGGGGUGGAAGGAGGAGGCAUUCUUCAGACGAAGACUAGACUACAUGCGGUUUCCAUCUUAAUUUUCCCUAUCAAUAAAGUUUUGAUUUAGAUCUAUAUUUGGGUGAAUGUUGUCAUCGUGUGCUCUACUUAUACGAUUGGUUCAACAUGUUUUUGUCGCUAUUACUUGUGUACAAUGGACAAUAAAAAAAAUUAUCAUUUGAAUAAAAGAGAAUGGUUUUAAGUUA